AUGGGGCGGCGGGGCCCGGCGGCGCUGGGGACCCUCCUGCUCCUGGGGACCCUCCUGGCGGUGAGUGGGGCCGGGGGGCGCCGCGGGGAGCGGGCUCGGGGUCCCCCCGCCCGGCCGGGAGGUCCCGUAAAGGAGUUGGGGGCCUCGGAGUUGGGGUCCCGCACCCCGUCCCCCUGCGAGCCCAACGAGUUCAAAUGUGCCAACGGGCACUGCGCCCUCAAGCUCUGGCGCUGCGACGGCGAGAACGACUGCGGGGACGGCUCCGACGAGAGCGACUGCCCCACCAAGGCGCCCGGCGCGGCCUGCGGGCCGGCGGAGUUCCGGUGCGUGUCCAGCGGGAGCUGCAUCCGGGCGAGUUACCAGUGCGACAGGGAGCCCGACUGCCCCGACCGCAGCGACGAGGUCGGCUGUGUGCCCCCGCAGGUGGUGACACUGCCGCGGGAGUCGGUGGUGGCGGUGCCAGGCCAGACCGUCACCUUCACCUGUGUGGCCACCGGUGUCCCCACCCCCAUCGUCACCUGGCGCCUAAACUGGGGACACACCCCCAGCAGCCACAGGGUAUCGAUCGUGAGCGAGGCCGGGCAGGGCACCCUGACCAUCCGGGACGUGAAGGAGGCCGACCAAGGCGCCUACACCUGCGAGGCCAUCAACACCCUGGGCAUGGUGUUUGGCAUCCCCGACAGCAUCCUCACCGUCACCCGCCCUGGGCCGUGUCCCGAGGGGCACUUCCAGGUGACGGGGACAUCCCGCUGCCUGCCCUGCUUCUGCUUCGGCGUCACCACCUCGUGCCGCGGCACCGCCCGGCACCGGCACCGGCUCCACCUGCGCUUCGACCGCCCCGACGACACCAAGGGUGUCAACGUGACGGUGCCGGCGGCGCCGGCCGCACCAGUGCUCUCGGCCACCCAGCUCCACGUGGACGCAGCCGUGGAGGAAUUCCAGCUCCUGGAUCUGUCCCGGCGCUUCCUGGCGCUCGACGUCUUCUGGGCGCUGCCAGAGCCCUUCCUUGGGGACAAGGUGGACGCCUACGGGGGAGCGCUGAGCUAUGGGGUGCGGUACCGGCUGGGCCGGGGGCCCCCCGAGCCCACCACCCACCCCGACCUGCUGCUGCGGGGCCACGGGCGGCAGCUGCGGGCACGGGCUGGGGCCACCCAGCCCAACAUCCUCAACCGACGGCACGUGCCCCUCACCGAGGAGCACUGGGAGGAUGAGCAGGGUGCCCCGGUGAGCCGGGAGCUGCUGCUGCUGGUGCUGCAGGAUCUGGAGGGCAUCUUCAUCCGGGCGGUGUACGACGGGCGCAUGGCCAGCGUGGGGCUCAGCGACGUGGCCAUGGAUGUCACCAGCGCCGGGGACACCGGCCUGGGGCCGGCUGGCAACGUUGAGGAGUGCAGGUGCCCCGUGGGCUACACAGGGCUGUCGUGCCAGCGCUGUGCCCCCCGCUUCGAGCGGGUGACGAGGGGACCCUACCUGGGGACCUGCUCCGGCUGCGGCUGCCACGGCCACUCCAGCACCUGCGACCCCGUGUUUGGGCACUGCCUGAACUGCCAGCACAACACAGAGGGGCCACAGUGUGAGAAGUGCAGACCCGGCUUCUUCGGCGAUGCCACCAAGGGCACGGCCACCGCCUGCCACCCCUGUCCCUGUCCCUACACGGAGCCCUCACGCAGGUUCUCGGAGUCGUGCUUUCUGGACACGGACGGCCAGGCCACCUGCGACGCCUGCGCCCCUGGAUACGCCGGCCGGCGCUGCGAGAGGUGUGCCCCAGGCUAUGAGGGAGACCCCAUCCAGCCAGGUGGCAAGUGCACCCCAGUCGGUCAAGAGCUUGUCAAGUGUGAUGCCCGUGGGGGCCAGGACGAGGCUGGUGGCACCUGUCGCUGCAAGCCCAACGUGCGGGGCCGGCUCUGCGACUCCUGUGCCGCGGGCACCUUCCACCUGAGCGCUGCCAACCCCGCGGGCUGCCUGCCCUGCUUCUGCAUGGGGCUGUCCCGCUCCUGCGCCAGCUCCGCCUGGCACCGGCACCAGGUGCUGCUGACCUCGGAGGACUCUGCCCCGCUGCCCCUGGCCAACGUGUCGGGCACCCCCCUGCCAGGGGCCGUGCCCCGCUUCGUGUCCCCACGGGAGCUGCUCCUCGACACCUUCCGGGACCUGCCGCGGGGUGUCCUGUACUGGGUGCUGCCACCACCCUUCGCCGGGGACAAGGUGACGGCGUACGGGGGGGAGCUGCGGUACACGGUGACACACCGCGCCCCCCCGGGGGCCCCCCCGCCCCCCCGGCACCCCGACGUCCUGCUCCAGGGCAACGGGAUCCUCCUGGAGCACUUCUCCAGUGCCACCCCCCCGGCCGGGGUCCCCACUGCCAUCACCGUGCCCAUCCGAGAGGGCGCCUGGCGCCGCGCGGACGGGCACGAUGCCACCCGCGAGCACCUGCUGAUGGCCCUGGCCGACGUGGACCUGUUCAUGAUCCGGGCGUCCUACUCAGAGCAGCCAGAGGAGAGCAGCCUGGCCGAUGUCAGCCUGGACGUGGCAGUGCCACACGUCACCGGCCGCCCGCCCGCGCUGGAGGUGGAGGACUGUGCCUGCCCGCCCGGGUACCGCGGGGCCUCCUGCCAGGACUGUGACACCGGCUACACCCGCAGCAGCGCCGGGCUCUACCUGGGCACGUGUGAGCCGUGCCAGUGCCACGGCCACGCCGGCGAGUGCCACCCCGACACCGGCGUCUGCCAGGGCUGCCGGGAUCACACGGAGGGACCCCAGUGUGACAAGUGCCAGCCCGGCUACUAUGGCGAUGCCACCCGGGGCACCGCGGGCGACUGCCGGCCCUGUCCCUGCCACGGGCCCCAUGGGGACAGCCAGGUGACCAAGAUCUGCUUCGAGGACACGGACGGGCAGCCCACCUGCAGCGCCUGCGCCCCGGGGCACGGCGGGCGCCUCUGUGAGAGGUGCUUGCCCGGGUACGUGGGGGACCCACCGCGGGGACAACCGUGCCAAGUGCCCGGCGUCCCCGGGGGGCAGUGCCAGUGUGACCCGCGCGGCAGCACCGGCGAGGGCUGUGAUGCCAACGGGCAGUGCCGCUGCAAGGCCAAUGUGGAGGGUCCCCACUGUGCCACCUGCCGUGCCCAUCACUUCCACCUGAGCGGGGCCGAGCCGGCCGGGUGCCUGCCCUGCUUCUGCAUGGGCAUCGUGCAGCACUGCGCCAGCACCGCCCUCGCCCGCGGCACCGUCCGGACGCCCUUCGCCCCGGGGGAUGCCCAGGGGUUCGCCCUGGUGAACAGGCAGCGCAGCACCCGCGUGGGCAGCGGCUUCGGGGUCCAGCCGGGCACCCCCCACCCCGUCCUGACCUACGAGCGCUUCGGGGAGCUGCCCCCCGACUCCUACUACUGGCAGCUGCCACCCCCCUACCAGGGGGACAAGGUGGGCUCCUACGGUGGGCGCCUGCGCUAUACCCUGACCUACACCCCGGGGGGCCCGGGAGCCCCCCAGCCUGACGCCGACAUCCAGAUCACGGGCAACGACAUCACGCUGGUGGCCCAUCAGCCCGAGCUGCCCCCGCGGACCCCCCAGGCCUUUGAGAUCAUUUUCCGGGAGCAAUACUGGCAGCGGCCGGACGGGCAGCCGGCGACGCGGGAGCACCUGCUGAUGGCCCUGGCGGACCUGGACGAGAUCCUGAUCCGGGCCACCUACUCCACGAGCACGGCCUCGGCCGGCAUCGCCGGCGUGGCCAUGGACACGGCCGUGCCCCCCCAGCCCGGCCUGCCCCCCGCCCCCGAGGUGGAGGAGUGUCGCUGCCCCCCCGGCUACCACGGGCUGUCCUGCCAGGACUGUGCCCCCGGGUACACGCGCACCGGGGGGGGGCUGUACCUGGGGCACUGCGAGCUGUGCGAGUGCAACGGGCACUCCGAGAGCUGCCACCCCGAGAGCGGCGCCUGCUCCGGAUGUUUGCACAACACGGCCGGGGACUUCUGUGACCAGUGUGCCCCCGGGUUCUACGGGGACGCCACGGCCGGGACCCCCGAGGACUGCCAGCCCUGCGCCUGCCCCCUCCCGUACCCCGAGAACCAGUUUUCCAGGACGUGUGAGAGUUUGGGAGGUGGCGGGUACCGCUGCACCGCCUGUGAGCCGGGCUACACCGGGCAGUACUGCGAGCGCUGUGCCCCCGGGUUCCGGGGUGACCCCACGGUGCGCGGGCAGGGCUGUGUCCCCGCGGGCCCCCCGCCCGCGCUGGCCGUGCGGGUGCACCCCCCGCGCACGGCGGUGCCGCGGGGCAGUGCGGUCACCCUGCGGUGCCAGGCCAGCGGGGAGCCCCCCCUCUACUACCACUGGGGGCGGGAGGACGGCAGAGCCCUCCCCGAGGGCGCCCAGAGCCGCCGCCAAGGCGAGGAGCUGCACUUCCCCAGCAUCCAGCCCUCGGAGGCCGGAGUCUACGUGUGCUCCUGCCGCAACCUCCGGCACAGCAACGCCAGCCGUGCCGAGGUCAUCGUCACCGAGACCCCCGACAAGCCCAUCACUGUCACCGUGGAGGAGAAGCGGGUGCAGCGGGUGCAGCCGGGCGCCGACGUCACCUUCGUCUGCACCGCCAAGAGCAAGUCUCCCGCCUACACCCUGGUGUGGACGCGGCAGAACCACGGGACGCUGCCCGCGGGCGCCGUGGACUUCAACGGGAUCCUGACGCUGCGCGGGGUGCGGCCCCAGGACGCCGGGGUCUACGUGUGCACCGGCUCCAACAUGCUGGACAUGGACCAGGGCACCGCCACACUCUACGUCCAGGCAGCCUCGAAGACUCAGAUGUUUUACGGCCCUGUUGAGUUCAUGGAGGGGCACAGACCGGCCGGCACCGCCACCGCCCCCACCGCCAGCGUGGAGCCGGCGCAGCUGAGCGUGGCACCGGGGCAGCCGGCGGAGUUCCGCUGCGUGGGCACCGGCAGCCCCGCGCCCACCCUCGAGUGGCUCGGAGCGCUGCCGCCUCAGGCCAUGGUGCAGGGCGGGACGCUGCGGUUCGGCGCCGUGGAACCCGCCGACGAGGGGCACUACGAGUGCCGGGCACGCAGCAGCGCCGGGCAGCACACGGCACGGGGGUACCUGCACGUGCAAGCCGCCGGCACUCCCCAGGUGCAGGUGAGCCCGGAGCGGACGGAGGUGCAGGAGGGCUCCACAGUGCGGCUCUACUGCCGGGUCUCGGGGUCCCCCACCGCCACCAUCACCUGGGAGAAGCAGGGGGGCACCCUGCCGCCUCAGUCGCGCGCCGAGCACGGUGACAUCGCCACGCUGGUCAUCCCCGCCGUGACGGCGGCCGACGGUGGAGUCUACCUCUGCGUGGGCACCAGCGCCGCCGGCACGGCCCGCGCCGCCAUCGAGGUGGCCGUGGUGCCAGGGACGGCGCCGCCCGUCCGCAUCGAGUCCUCGUCCCCAUCCGUCACCGAGGGGCAGACCCUGGACCUGGACUGUGUGGUGGCAGGGCCCGGCUCUGCCACCGUGGUGUGGUACAAGCGCGGGGGCUCCCUGCCCGCCGGGCACCAGGUCUCGGGGUCCCGGCUCCGGGUGCCCCACGUCACGGCGGCUGACUCAGGGGAAUACGUGUGCCGGGCGAGCCUGGGCACCACCGUCCGCGAGGCCUCUGUCACCGUCACUGUCGUGGCCGCGGCCGGCUCGUCCUACGGGCCCCCGGCUUCGGGUGUCCCUGUGCGGAUCGAGGCGUCCUCAUCCACCGUGGCUGAGGGACAGACCCUGGACCUCAACUGCAUCGUGGCUGGGCAGGGACAGGCCACUGUCACCUGGUACAAGCGCGGGGGGACCCUCCCGGCCAAGCACCAGGUGUCUGGCUCCCGGCUGCGGCUGCUGCAGGUGACGGCGGCCGACUCGGGCGAGUAUGUGUGCCGGGUGACCAGCGGGGCCACCACCAGGGAGAGCGCGGUCAUGGUGACCAUCCAGCCCAGCGGGGCCAGCGCCUACCCCCCAGGCAACACCACCCCCCUGCACAUCGACUCCCCGUCCUCCGCUGUGGUCGAGGGACAGACCCUGGACCUCAACUGUGUCAUCGCCAGUGGCCCUGCCCAGGCCACUGUCACCUGGUACAAGCGCGGGGGGACCCUCCCGGCCAAGCACCAGGUGUCUGGCUCCCGGCUGCGGCUGCUGCAGGUGACGGCGGCCGACUCGGGCGAGUACGUGUGCCGGGUGACCAGCGGGGCCACCACCAGGGAGACCUCCAUCAUGGUGACCAUCCAGCCCAGUGGGGCCGGCGCCUACCCCCCGGGCAGCACGACCCCCCUGCGCAUCGAGUCGUCAUCCCUGUCAUCCCCCGUGACCGAGGGACAGACCCUGGACCUCAACUGUGUCAUCGCCAGCCCCGCCCAGGCCACUGUCACCUGGUACAAGCGCGGGGGGACCCUCCCAGCCAAGCACCAGGUGUCUGGCUCCCGGCUGCGGCUGCUGCAGGUGACGGCGGCCGACUCGGGCGAGUACGUGUGCCGGGUGACCAGCGGGGCCACCACCAAGGAGAUCUCCAUCAUGGUGACCAUCCAGCCCAGCAGGGCCGGCGCCUACCCUGCUGGUGUCACCCCCCCUGUGCGCAUCGAGUCCUCGUCCUCCUCCGUGGCCGAGGGACAGACCCUGGACCUCAACUGCAUCGUGGCUGGGCAGGGACAGGCCACUGUCACCUGGUACAAACGUGGGGGGUCCCUCCCAGCCAAGCACCAGGUGUCAGGCACCCGCCUGCGCAUCCCGCAGGUGACAGCGGCUGACUCGGGGGAGUACGUGUGCCGGGUGACAUCGGGCACUGCCACACAUGAGACAUCCCUCAUCGUCACCAUCCAGACUGGCGCCGGCUCCUCUUACGGCGUCGGUGUCACGCCGCCGGUGAGGAUCGAGACUUCGUCUGCUGCCGUCACUGAGGGACAGACCCUGGACCUCAACUGCAUGGUGGCAGGACAGGGUCACCCCCAUGUCACCUGGUACCGGCGCGGGGGGGCUCUGCCCCCCAACAGCCAGGUGUCGGGGACCCGCCUACGCCUCGCCCAGGUGGCGGUGGCCGAUUCGGGGGAGUACGUGUGCCGGGUGACCCUGGGCAGCGUCACGCAGGAGGCGUCUGUCAUUGUCACCGUGCCCAGCAGCGCCGGCACCUACUACCCCUCUGGUGUCUCCCAGCCCCUCCACAUUGAGUCCUUGUCCUCGGCCAUCGCCGAGGGACAGACCCUGGACCUCAACUGCGUGGUGGCCGGGUCCGGCCCCACCACCGUGACGUGGUACAAGCGCGGGGGGUCUCUGCCCGCCAGCCACCAGGUGUCGGGCAGCCGCCUGCGCAUCCCCCAGGUGACAGCGGCCGACUCGGGCGAGUACGUGUGCCGGGUGACAUCGGGGGGCGUCACCCAGGAGACAUCCCUCAUCGUCACCAUCGAUGACGGGGCCAACCCAUCCCACUCCUCUGCCAUCACGCCGCCCAUCCGCAUCGAGUCCUCGGCGUCCUCUGUCACUGAGGGGCAGACCCUGGACCUGGACUGCGUGGUGGCCGGGGAGGGACAGGCCACCAUCACCUGGUACAAGCGUGGGGGGUCCCUCCCGGCCAAGCACCAGAUGUCGGGGUCCCGCCUGCGGCUGUCGCAGCUCUCGGUGGCCGACUCGGGGGAGUACGUGUGCCGGGCAGACACGGGCAGUGUCUCCCGCGAGGCCACUGUCACCGUCACCGUCACCUCCCGGGACAGCUCCAGCUACCGCCUGCAGAGCCCCAUCAUCUCCAUCGACCCGCACAGCAUGGCCGUGGCACCGGGGGAAGAUGCCACCUUCAAGUGCCGCGUCCAUGACGGCGCCCGGCCCGUCAACGUCACCUGGCGGAUGGGACCUGGCCAGCACUUCCAAGACAACGUGAAAAUCAGCGCUAAUGGCUCGGUCAUCUCCAUCACUGGUGCCCACGUGGGCAACCAGGGCGCCUACCACUGCGUGGCCUCCAACCGCUUCGGCGUCGCCAGCAGCGUCGUCAACCUCGUGGUGCAAGGUGCCCCCACCGUGUCAGUCAUGCCACCAGGCCCCGUGACGGUGAAGGAGGGCAAAUCCCUGAGCCUGGAGUGCCUCGGGCGGGGUGAGCCGCGGCCGCUGGUGCGCUGGAGCCGGCUGGGCUCCCGGCAGAAGGUGGAGCACCAGACCCUGCUGCACAUGGACAGCCAGGCCAUCCUGCAGCUCUCGCCGGCCAAGCCGGAGCACGCCGGGACCUACGUGUGCACGGCACACAGCGCGCUGGGCUCGGCGCAGGCGCGGGUGGACGUGGGCGUGGAGUCGGCGCAGCGGCACCCCGGCACCCCUGAGGUCACCGCGCCGGCCACCGUCACCGUGGUGGCCGGGGACACGGCCACGCUGCACUGCACUGCCACAGGGGACCCGAUGCCGCGGAUCGAGUGGUCGAAGCUGCGGGCACCCCUGCCCUGGCAGCACCGCGUGGUCAACGGGACCCUGGUGAUCCCUCGUGCCGCACAGCAGGACUCAGGCCAGUACAUCUGCAAUGCCACCAGCCCCGUGGGCUCCACAGAGGUCUUCGUCACCCUGGACGUGGAGACCGCUCCGUACGCCACGGUGCUGCCGGAGGACGCCGCGGUGCGCGCGGGGGACUCGCUGCAGGUGCAGUGCCUGGCUCACGGCACCCCCCCGCUGCACUACACCUGGGCCAAGGUGAACGGGAGCCUGUCGGGGCGCGUGUCCCACCGCGCCGGCCUCCUGCGCAUCGGCCCCGCCGCCCCCGCCGACGCCGGCACCUACCGCUGCCUGGUCACCAACCGCGUGGGCACCGCCGAGGCCGUCGCCCGCGUGGCCGUCCACGGUGGCACUGCUGAAGGUGUGGACAUCGGUGGUGGUCCCUUGGCCGUGCGGGUGACCCCGGGGAGCCUCGUCAAGGGAGUGGGCGGCACCGCCGAGUUCGCCUGCUCCGUGUCCGGGGACCCCCGGGCGCGUGUGGAGUGGCUGAAGGAGGGCGGGGAGCUGCCCCCCACCCACAGCGUGAGGGACGGGGUGCUGCGGAUCCCGGAGCUGGCGUGGGGGGCACAGGGGGUGUACGUGUGCCGGGCCAAUGCCCCGGGCGGGCAGGCGGAGGACAGGGCCACCCUCACCGUCCAGGCUCUCCCCAGGGCCCUGAUCAACAUCCGGACGGCCGUGCAGACGGUGCUGGUGGGGACGACAGUGGAGCUGGAGUGCCUGGGCUUGGGUGAACCGCGUCCCCACGUCACCUGGAGCAAAGUGGGGGGCCGCAUCCGGCCCGGGGUGCUGGUCCGCGCUGGCACCCUCACCAUCGAGCGGGUGGAGCGGGCGGACGCGGGGCAGUACCGCUGCACCGCCACCAACGCCGUGGGCACCGUCCAGUCCCACGUCAUCCUGCACGUGCAAGCCGCCCCCCAGAUCGCGGGGCAGCCAGAGGUGAAGGAGGUGUCCGUGGGAUCGGCGGCCGUUCUGCCGUGCCUGGCGUCCGGCUUCCCGGAGACCCAGAACUGA